GCCAUAUUUUUUGCCUCCAAAUCGUGUUUCAUCCUGCACAAUUGUUUUUGUGUCUAAUGUUAUACGAGACUUUAUAUUUAACGAUCUAAAUUUACAAUUUUAGUGCAUUUAUUUACUUUAUUUUUAUAUCUCAUUAAAAAUAAUCAAAAUGUAUGAUUUAACGGAAGGAGCAAUAAUAAAAAUAAUGAACGGAGUUAACGUUGAUAAACCAAUAAUUCAAGUUUUGGGUCAAAAGAAACUCUCAAGUACCAAUAAUACAGAGCGAUAUCGUCUUUUAAUUUCCGAUGGAAAACAAAUAAAUUCGUUUACAAUGCUGGCCACUCAAUUAAAUCAUUUAAUCACAGAAGGUACAAUGACGGAAUUUUCAAUUUGUCGAAUCACUCAAUAUACAAUUAGCAAAGUUAAUAACAACGGUCAACAAAAGGGUGUCAUGAUAAUUUUGGGAAUAGAAGUAUUAGUUCCCGGUUCUGAAGUUAAUAAACAAAUUGGAAAUCCAACACAAUUUGAAAAUACUGGAACUAAAGUCGAAAGCGGUCAAUCUGAACAGAAACCUACGUUAAAGCCAAAUGUGAUUCAAAAUUCGUCAAUGUCAACAACUAGCGAUCCAAGCCAGCUUAAUACGAGUCCAAUAUCAUCUCUCAGUCCAUAUCAAAAUAGAUGGGUUAUCAAGGUUCGAGUUUCAAACAAAUCGGAUAUUAGAACAUGGAGUAAUUCUCGCGGGGAGGGAAAACUUUUUUCAAUGGAUUUAGUUGAUGAAAGUGGAGAAAUUAGAUGCACAGCUUUUAAAAAUGAAUGCGAUAAAUUUCAUUCAAUGAUUGAGAUUGGAAAAAUUUAUUAUAUUUCUCGCUGUCAAUUGAAACCGGCAAAUAAACAAUUUAAUAAUUUGAAAAAUGAUUAUGAAAUGACUUUAACUGCUGAUUCGGAAAUUAUUCCUUGUCAUGAAGAAGCCGACAUUCCAAUGAUUCAAUUUAAUUUUAUUCCCAUAUCGUCAAUUGAAGAAAAAAACAAGGAUGAUAUAAUAGAUGUUUUGGGCAUUGUCAAAUUUUCUGGAGAACUUCAAGAAUUGACGGCAAGAGCAACUGGUAGAUUAUUAAAGAAGAGAGAUCUUACACUUGUCGAUGAAAGUAAUGCAGCAGUUAGCAUAACUUUAUGGGGAAGUCAAGCAGAGCAAUUUGAUGGUUCAAGUGCUCCAACAUUGGCAGUUAAAGGUGCAAGAGUUGGAGAAUUUAAUGGGGCUAAAAAUAUUUCAACACUUAAUUCAACUGUAUUGCAAGUUGAUCCUGACAUUGCGGAAGCCCACAAAUUGCAAGGUUGGUAUAAUUCUGGUGGAAAGGAUGUGGAAGUUAAACAAAUAUCAAGAUCUACAGGUGGCGAUAUGAAUGCACCAUGGAUAACAAUUCAAGAAUCAAAAGAUUUACAAUUUGGUUAUCAAGGACAGCCAACUACAUUUUUAAUUAAAGCAAGCAUUUCUAUGGUUAAAGCUGCUAAUUCCAUUUAUAAAGCCUGUCCCAAUGAAGGUUGCAAGAAAAAGGUCGUUGAUCAAGAUAAUGGAAUGUAUCAUUGUGAAAAAUGUCAAACCGAAUAUCCGAACUUUAAAUAUCGUUUACUUGCGAACGUGAAUUUGGUGGAUUCAACGAGCAAUCAAUGGGCGACAGCAUUUAAUGAAGAAAGUGAAAAAUUAUUGGAUUCUUCCGCACAAGAAUUAGGUGAAAUAAAAGAACAUGAUCCAAAUGAAUUUCAAAAGAAAAUCAACGAAUGCACUUAUAAAAGUUUCUUAGUAAAAGUUAAAGUCAGACAGGAAUCAUACAUGGAUGAAACGAGAUUAAAAGCUGUAGUACUUGGUAUUUCACCUUUAGAUUAUAAAAUUUAUGCUACUCAUUUGUUGAAAAAAUUGAAAGAAUUCACUGGUAUUGGAAAAUCAUAAAGACCUUUUUUUUUACUGACUGAUGAUUUAAAUUAUUUUAAUGUUUCAAUCGUUUUUUUACGUUAUGUAACUUAAAUUUAAAUAUUCUCCAAGAAAUAAUGAAUCAGAAAUUCAGAGAAAAGAUUAUGUUUAAUUUAUUUAUAUUCUGUUUAAAACAAUAUUCAAAAUAUCAAUAACGAAAAAAAAAAUUAUUUUUUGAAGUUCUUAAUUUACAUUACAUUAUUUAAUAAUUAUUAGUAAUAAGUAUAUAUAAAAGUACUAUUAAGUUUAUUUUAAUUGUAAACAUUACCUAUUAUGAAAAAUAAAGAACAAUUUUCAAAAAAGAAAAAAAA